CUGUCCAGCAUCCAUGCUGCUAGGCCUUCAGCCAACCUCUACGAAUUCGUUGCUGCUGUUGCUGCAGAAGGUCUGACUGCAAACACCGUCAAUGAUCUCCUUGGCUUCGUCGAUGGCUUGGCUACUGGCGAAAACAGCAUGAGCAACGUCAACCUCCAGGCACCAAAGAACACCAUCUACCCUCGUAAGGGCAAUGACCCCAAGUACAGCGUCACCGAGUCCUCACUUCGCUCUGCUAUCUAUAUUCCACCUGGAUUCACAGGCGGGAAGGUUCAGCCAGUGAUUCUCAUGCCUGGUACGGGAGCAACUGGUUACUUCACUUACAUUGGAAAUUAUAUCCCUCUACUGACUGGAUCAAGCUACGCCGACCCCGUUUGGCUCAACAUCCCUGGGUACCUUCUGAACGAUGCUCAGACCAAUGCUGAGUAUGCUGCUUAUGCAAUCAACUACAUUGCUAGCAUCACUGGCAAGAAGGUAUCCAUUGUCGGCUGGUCUCAGGGCAACAUCGACAUCCAGUGGGCCUUCAAGUACUUCACUUCGACUCAGAAGGUGACCAGAAACCACAUUGCUAUCAGUCCCGAUUACGCCGGUACCGUCAAUGCCGAUCUCAUCUGUCCUGAAGGUCUUCCAUGUGACCCAUCUGUCUUGCAACAGAAGUACAAGGGCACGAGCAACUUCAUCGACCAAUUGAGACUCAAUGGUGGCGACUCUGCGUACGUCCCAACGACUACCGUGUACAGUGGACUCUUCGACGAGAUUGUUGAGCCCCAGCAAGGUACAGGUGCCUCGGCAUAUCUCAAUGAUGUUCGCAAUGUGGGCGUUACAAACAACUACCUUCAAGGCAUUUGUCCUGGCCUUCCCGGUGGUUCUUUCUACACGCACGAAGGUGUUCUUUACAACCCUAUUGCAUUUGGCCUCCUCAAGGAUGCUCUGAUCAACGGUGGUACCGGCCAAACAUCUCGUCUUGAUCUCAACACGUUGUGCAACAUGUACCUUGCUGAGGGCCUGAAUGUCAGCGACUUGCUGCUUACCGAAAACUCCAUCCUGGUUGCCGCACUUUCGCUCGUCCUCUACGAGCCCAAGGUGUCUGCGGAGCCCUCCAUCAAGGCGUAUGCCACUUACUAA